AUGGAUCAAUUCCCAACUUUGGAUCCAAUCAUCUAUUAUGAUUCCUUUUAUGGAGAUCAAUACAUUGAAACACUUGAAGAAUAUUCAAAUCUUGGAAGAAAUGCCAUUUCAAAAAUAGAAUCCAAUCACGAUCCUUCAACACUAACAACCAUGUCAACAACACAAUUCUAUGAGAAUGUUUUGGAACGAAAUGGAAGAAUGAAUUAUUUUUUAACAAAUGUCAACAACCUGUCAAAUGAGGAAAAUGACUUUCUACAAGAAGAAAAUCAAUUGAGAUACAUCAUGGAACAAUAUGAACAUUGUACACCAUUAGCUCGUUUAUGGAUUUUCAAAGAUUUGAAAGAUGAAUUAUUUGGGAAUGCAUUGAAACCACAUGAAUUCAUGAAUGACAUUCAUGCACAUCAUUCGAGACAGAAUGAAAGUAUAAUUUCAUUACAUGAUCAAAAGACGAAGGAGAAUGAUUUAUAUAUAAUUUCCAAUGUAUUGAAAGAACUUGCCUUGGAUUGUCAAAUGGAAAUUUUUCAUUUCAUUCCAACAUAUUCUCAAAUGGAACAUUUAACCAAAUCAUCCUUACAACAAACAAAUCAUGAAAAUGACAGAAAUGGUAGCAACGACAUGAUUCAUUGUCAUUACGCAUUUUCAUUUCCUGACAUUUGGUGGUCGAGUUGGAUGAAAUUACGACUCAUUUCCAAAAGUGUGAAAUUACGAUUGGAACAUUCAAAGUCGAUUUUCUUUUGA